UGACAAGCGUAGAAAAAGUCUCAUCAACAGCCGCCAUUUUGCCUGUUUGAGAUCGCGUAGAAUUUGAGAGAAAUUUCUUCGAAUGUGGCAUCGUGUGUAAAUUAAAGAAGGACUAUUUGUCAAAAAAAGUGCUUGAUAACGAUUUUGUGUUUCAAUUUUGACAGUGAUUACUAAAAACUAGUGAAAAAAGUGAGAACAUUUGCUGUUAUAAGUUUAAGAUCAUUGUGCGGUUCCGACGGAAGAUGGUGAGAGGUAGUCGCAAAAUAUAGUCGACCAGUCGGAUUCGUCGAAGUUCACAAUGGCUGAAGGUUGACUUUUCGUUUGAUGAAUAAUGUGCCUUGUGAGAUGCAUCCUUACUCGAAAACACGGUACAUCGACUGUUUGGCUAUGUUUCUUUCACUAUUUUCAUCGAAAAUAAAGUAUUUUUCACUUCAUUUGGGAUAAAUAGUGGAUAACAGCGCUGGUUUGGUCAGCCGUAGCAUUGGGCCAGUGCUCGGCUCGGCUUUGGCUUGGUAAACACCAGAGUGCAGCGAUUUUGCCAUGGCCGAUCACCUCGUAGACGGUCCCCCGAAUGCCAAAAGGCAAAAGUUGGACCCUUUUCAGGGGCCAUCGGAUUCAUCCGAUGUACUCUCCAAUAUGGAUAUGCUGGAUCUCGAGAAUGAUCUUCCUGAUGAGCUCAUGUCAUCUUCUCCAUGGGGCAUGCCUGACAACAUGGGUAACAGCAAACCACCUGCUCAAGGUCCUGGUCCAGGUGGCUUACAAAAUGGUAUAGAAAAUACUGAUGGCAAUAACCUGAGACAACAAAUGCAACUCAAUCAUUUAUUGCAACAGGUUAGUCAAAAGAGUAAUAAAGGUCUAUCUGGAAAUACCCUGGUAUUGUCAACUGGCCCAUUGGGUAACAAGAGCCCCAACCUUCAAUCACCUCCCAAUGUGUCUGUGGCCAAAGGGGGUGUAGUAGAAUUACCACUGGGCAAUCUGCCAUCAAGCAUAUCUAACAACGUUGGACUCCAAUCCAUGGCAAACAAUGGUAGUUCUGCACAAGUCAUGAGUUCUAUUCAAGGUAUCGGCAACAGUGGCGGCGGCAACAUGAUAAUGACCAGCAGCAACAUCAGCGCGAUGGGCGGCAUGGCGGGCGGCGGUCUUGUUGUCAGCAGCAGCGCCAUCAACAAGCCGCUGGGCAAUUCGGGCAGCAUGUUCGCCCCGACCGGCCACCCGCAGCAGCAGCAGCAUCCGGGCAACCACAACGUGCCGCAAGGGCUGCCCAACGGGCCGAUGAUGAGCAGGGUGGGCAUGCACAUGAGCCAACGGACGCCCGGAUCGAUCCACUUCGGCGGGCCGCGGUUGCAAGGGCCGGCGAUGCCCGGCAAUCCUGGGUAUCCGGGGUAUCCUAAUGCCGGCGGGCAGGGGUUGCCUGUAGGUGUAGUCACGCCGCAACAGAAGCUCAGCAUGCAGGCGCAGUGCCCGCCCCGGUUCGGCGCCCCGCAGACCGCCCCGGUCGUCGGGCCGCCCCCUCCGGGCAUCGGGGGCGGUGGCGAGGGCGGCAUGGUGCAGGCGCAGCCGCCCGCUCCGUCGCCGGCGCAGCCGCAGUCGGGGGCGCCGAGCGGCGCGCAGCCGACGCCGCAGCAGGCUGCCGCGCAGAAUCAAGGCGGCGCGGGCGGGCAGGGCCAGGGAGGGACGGGCGGGGCGCAGCCUCCUGCCCCGUCUACAGAUCCAGAAAAACGGAAGCUCAUCCAACAACAGCUCGUACUCUUGCUGCACGCCCACAAGUGCCAACGUCGGGAAUCCCAAGCGAACGGAGAAGUGUGGUCGUGCACUCUGCCCCACUGCAAGACCAUGAAGAACGUCCUCAAUCACAUGACCACCUGCAAUGCGGGAAAGAGUUGUUCGGUGGCGCAUUGCAGCUCGUCGCGGCAGAUCAUCAGCCAUUGGAAGAAUUGCAUACGUACCGAUUGCCCUGUGUGUUUGCCUUUGAAACAGGCAGACAAGAAUAGAAAUAAUCCUACAGCCGCCACAAACCCACCUCAAAACAACCAAUCUCCAAACCCGUCCGCCACCGAUAUGCGCCGAGCGUACGACGCUCUCGGCAUCCAGUGCCCCACCACCGGUUCCGGCCCUGCCCCGCCCGGCCUCCUGCCCAACCCCGGCCAACCGAGGCCGCCCGGCCUGCGGCUGCCUCUCAGCGCCGGCCCCAACCUGCCCAACAGCAUGGCGGGCGGCGUGCGAGUGCUCGCCCCUCCCGCGCCCAACGUCACUCUGCCUCUCGGCGGCGACCAAUCGCUGAGCGCGGCGCAGAUCCAGGGCGUGAACCAGACGGCCGCCAGCCUGCAGCAGAGCGUCAACAGCGUGAUGUUCGGGCUGACGAGCGGGGCGGACGCGGUGAAUCAGGGCUUGGGCGGGCUGCAGCCCGGUCAGGUGACGGCGUCGCCGGUGAGCGGCACCAAGGAGUGGCAUCAGUCGGUCACGCCCGAUCUCAGGAACCACCUGGUGCACAAGCUGGUGCAGGCGAUCUUCCCCACGCCGGAUCCGCAAGCGCUGCUGGACAAGCGGAUGCACAAUCUGGUGGCGUACGCGCGCAAGGUCGAGGGGGACAUGUACGAGAUGGCGAACUCGCGGUCGGAGUACUACCAUCUGUUGGCCGAGAAGAUCUACAAGAUACAGAAGGAGUUGGAGGAGAAGAGGCAGAAGAGGAAGGAGCAGCAGUUGCAGCAGCAGCACACGCAGCCCGUGAGGCCGAACCUUCAGGGCAACAUUCAAGGAAUGGUGGCACGACUGCCGGGCGUAUCGGGCAACAUCCUACCCUGCCAGCAGCAGCCCAACCAGGCACAGGCGGGGCUGAGAAGCGGCUCGCCCGCCCUCGGAGGCCCGCCCUUGGGCGGUCUCGGCGGGGUGCUGAACCAGCAAGGCAACCGGCUGCUCUUUCCCUUGCAACAGAACGCACAGCAGCAACAACAACAGCCCGCCUCUCAGCAAUCGCAGCAGCAGCAACAACAGCAGCCGCAGACCGUCGGGCUUCCGGGACCCAGUCCGACCACAUCGAAUCCGGGGUUGUCUCCGUUCGGUAACCCGUUGUCCCAAGGUAGUACAACAACUUCGAGUCAGUUCCCGACGACGAACAACGGCCCCGUCAGCCUGUCGCAAGUUUCUCCUGUCGGCGGCCAAAAUUCCCAGUCGAGCCAGUUCGGCGACAUGCUCAAGACCAACAGGUUGCCACCGUCGCCGUCGAAUUUCGUGCAGCAGCAGCAGCAGCAACAACAGCAGCAGCAGCAAAACGGCGGACGGUUAUCGGUGACAGGCGCGGAUUCCGUUCCUGCUACGGGGCCCAAGUCUGUUAGUUCGUCGAGGGGAGCUUCGCCGGCGCCGGCGACGCCGGUGCAGGCGUCUCCGGCGUCGAUGGCGGCGAGUAUGGGCAAAGGCAUGAGCAGCGCCGAACGCGCCGCCCUUAACGCGCCGCGCUCCUCCUCGCUGUCGUCGCAGAUGGCCGCCAUCACGGCGGCGGCCGACAAGGACGAGGACAGCCCGUCGCCGCCGCGCGCCGGCGGCUGCAAAGGCAAAAUGGAUCAGAUGAGGCGCGAGCCGGCGGAGGUGAAGCGAGAGGAGGAGGAGGAAGAGGAGAACGGCGGCGGGGAGGGGGGCGACCGGCAGGCGGACGGGCACGGCGGCGGCAAUAUCGGUAAGGGUAUAAAGACAGACAUCAAAAUGGAGAUUAAGGAUGAAAUUAAGCAAGAGCCGAUGGAUGGCGUUGUUAUCAAAGAAGAGCCUGGAUUAAUUAAGGAAGAGUGUCGAGUCCCGGACGGAUCGGGAGAUGUAAAACCGCAAGUGGACGGCAAUUCUUCCCAGAUGGGCGAAAGAAAGAGUAAAAUUUUUAAACCUGACGAACUUAGGCAGAAAUUGAUGCCUACUUUGGAAAAAUUAUUCAGACAAGAUCCGGAGAGCAUACCAUUCCGACAACCCGUCGAUCCGCAAACGUUAGGUAUCCCGGAUUACUUUGACAUAGUGAAGAGGCCCAUGGAUCUGUCGACCAUCAGGAGGAAGCUCGACAUCGGUCAGUACAUGGAUCCGUGGGAGUACGUCGAUGACGUAUGGCUCAUGUUCGACAAUGCUUGGUUGUACAACAGAAAGACGAGUCGAGUUUAUAGGUACUGCACAAAGCUGUCGGAGGUGUUUGAACAAGAAAUCGACCCAGUGAUGCAAUCUAUGGGUUACUGUUGCGGCAGGAAAUACACUUUCAACCCCCAAGUACUUUGUUGUUAUGGCAAACAACUUUGUACCAUCGCUAGGGACGCCAAAUAUUACAGUUAUCAAAAUAGUUUGAAAGCAUAUGGACUUGGUUCAGAUAGGUAUACGUUUUGUCAGAAGUGUUUCAACGACAUCCAAGGAGACACCGUCACGUUAGGAGAAGAUCCUACGCAAGCUCAAACAGCAAUAAAGAAAGAUCAGUUCAAAGAGAUGAAGAACGACCACCUCGAGAUGGAAAUCUUCGUGCAUUGCACGGACUGCGGCCGCAAACUCCACCAGAUUUGUGUUCUCCACAUCGAAGCCAUCUGGCCGCAGGGCUUCACGUGCGACGAGUGCCUCAAAGCGAAAGGGCAAAAGCGCAGGGAUAACAAGUUCAACGCGAAACGGCUGCCCGUCACCAACUUGGGCAUGUACAUCGAGAACCGGGUGAACAUCUAUCUGAAAAAGAAGGAGGCGGGCGCCGGCGAGGUGUCGAUACGCGUCGUGUCCAGUUCAGAGAAGCAGGUGGAAGUGAAGCAGGGCAUGCGCAGCAAGUUCGUGGAAACGGGCGAGCUGAUCGGCGAGUUCCCGUAUCGGGCGAAAGCGCUGUUCGCGUUCGAGGAGAUCGACGGGACGGACGUGUGUUUUUUCGGUAUGCACGUGCAAGAGUACGGUUCGGAGUGUCCGGCGCCGAACACGCGUCGAGUGUACAUCGCCUACUUGGACUCGGUGCACUUCUUCAAGCCGCGACAGUUUAGGACUGCGGUGUACCACGAGAUUUUAUUAGGUUAUAUGGACUACGUGAAACAAUUAGGUUAUACUAUGGCGCACAUAUGGGCGUGUCCGCCUUCGGAGGGCGACGACUACAUAUUCCAUUGCCAUCCCCUGGACCAAAAAAUACCGAAACCUAAGAGACUGCAAGACUGGUAUAAAAAGAUGUUAGAUAAAGGGAUCAUCGAGAGGAUAGUUUUAGAUUAUAAGGAUAUUCUUAAACAAGCAAUGGAAGACAAUCUCCGAUCGGCGGCUGAUCUUCCCUACUUCGAGGGAGAUUUUUGGCCGAAUGUUUUAGAAGAGAGCAUAAAAGAGCUAGAUCAAGAAGAAGAAGAAAAGAGAAAGCAGGCUGAGGCUGCUGAAGCGGCGAUUUUUUCAUCAUUGGAAGAAUGUGAAGUAGGUCCAGAUGGCAAAAAGAAGGGCCAGAAGAAAGCAAAGAAAAACACAAAAUCGAAGGCGAAUCAGAGGAAAAAUAAUAGCAAGAAAUCGAAUACUCCCCAGACCGGAAACGAUCUGUCUGCGAAAAUUUUUGCCACCAUGGAAAAGCACAAAGAAGUAUUUUUUGUCAUUAGGUUACAUUCUGUACAGUCAGCAGCUAGUUUAAAGCCAAUCCAAGACCCCGACCCAUUCAUCAACUGUGAUCUCAUGGACGGCCGCGACGCCUUCCUCACGCUGGCCCGCGAGAAGCACUACGAAUUCUCUUCGCUGCGCCGCGCCAAAUACAGCACCAUCUCGAUGCUGUACGAGCUGCACAACCAAGGCCAGGACAAGUUCGUUUACACUUGUAACAGCUGCAAGGCGCAUGUCGAGACGCGGUACCACUGCACGGUGUGCGAGGACUUCGAUCUCUGCACGCACUGCUACGAGAAAGAGGGGCACGUGCACAAGAUGGAGAAGCUCGGCUUGGACAUCGACGACGGCAGUUCGCCGAGCGAUAGCAAAGCGAAUCCGGGCGAGGCGAGGAAGUUGUCGAUACAGCGUUGCAUCCAGUCGUUGGUGCACGCGUGCCAAUGCCGAGACGCCAACUGCCGCCUGCCCAGCUGCCAGAAGAUGAAGCGCGUCGUCACCCACACGAAAGUGUGCAAACGGAAAACGAACGGCGGCUGCCCCAUAUGCAAACAGCUCAUCGCCCUGUGCUGCUAUCACGCCAAACACUGCCAGGAGACCAAAUGUCCGGUGCCGUUCUGUUCGAACAUCAAGCACAAGCUGAAACAGCAGCAGCUGCAGCAGAGGUUGCAGCAGGCGCAGCUGCUGAGGCGAAGGAUGGCGGUGAUGUCUCGGACGGCGCCUACUACGCAGCCGACGAUGCCGGCGGUCGGCGUCGGCGGCGGGGGUGUGGGUCAGGGGGUAGGGAUGGGAGGGGGAGCAGGGAUGCAGGGCGGAGUGCCGGGGGGAGCGCCCGGCAACGCGAUGAAUUCAGGCCUGCCCAGUCCGGCGGCGAUGGCCCUCCAGCCGCCGCCCCACCAGCCCGGCCUCGGCAUGAAGCCGGGCGCGCAGACGCCGCCCGCCAACGUCCUCCAAGUGGUCAAGCAGGUGCAGGAGGAGGCGGCCAGGCAGCAGGCGCCGCACGUGGGCUACGGCAAGGUCAGCCCCGGGCAGGGGGUACCCGGCCAGAGCAUGCCGCCGCCGCAGAUCAGGGGGAUGGGGCACAUGGGGACGGGGCAAGGCGGCAACCUCCUGCCGAUGGAACAAUGGCAACAGCGCUACCCGGGCGUCGUCACUCCCGGCGGCGUCGGUCUGCGCCAACCGGCGCCCGGACCCGUCGUCCAGAUGCAGCCCGGCGGCCAAAUGGGCCAGCAGGCGGGGCCUUUGCCGCAGAUGCAGCCCGGCCAGGGCCAGGGGGCGGCACCUCCGCGGCCGGGAGGCGGCGGGCCGAUCGGCGCCCCGCCCGGCGGCAACAUGAUGCAGAAGCAGGCGCUGCAGCAGCUGAUGCAGACGCUGCGGUCGCCGCAAUCGGCCGAGCAGCAGCAGCAGAUCUUGCAGAUACUCAAGUCGAAUCCGCAGCUGAUGGCGGCGUUUAUCAAGCAGCGACAGCAGGCGCAGCAAAUCCAGCAGGCGGGCGGCGCGGGAGUGGCGGCCGCGCCCCAGCAGCAGCUGCAGCACAUCCUCAACCAGCAGCCGAACGCGCAGCAACAGCAGCAGCACCAGCAGCAGCAGACGCGCAUGCAGCUGCAGGGUGCCGGGGGCGGCAUGAUGAGCCAGCCGGGCGGGCCUGUCGCCCCCCAAGGCAUGAACCAGAGCCAGCAGAUGACGCAGCAGCAGUGGUUCAAGCAUCAGCAGAUGAUGGUGAUGCAGCGGCAGCAACAGGUCCAGCAGCAGCAGCAACAACAGCAGCAGCAGCAGGGGUUUCAACAGCCGGGAGCUUGUCCGACGUAUCAGCAGAGGUUGCCAGGUAUAAGACAACCGCACCUGGGCUAUAACAACUCUUUCGCCGACCAGCAAUACCAACCCAUGCAGGGCCUGAAGCCGACCCCUUCUCCGGUGCCUUCGCCGCAGGGCGUGAUGGGCCCCCCUCAGGGCAUGACCGUUCAGCAGCAACAGUUGAUGCAGAGCGUCAGGAGUCCACCGCCCAUUAGAAGCCCGCAACCUAGUCCUCGUCCCGCUCCCAGCCCGCGCAACCAGACGGUGCCGAGCCCGCGCGGCCCCCAGCCCUCGCCGCACGACCUCGCCGCCUCCGAGAUUCUCUUAGGCGGCCAGAACCAUGCGGGCGCCCUCCAUCCGCACGCCUCGCCGGCCGGCGCCGCCUCCGCCCAGGAGGGCGGCGUCGGCAACGAGGCGCCGCCCAUGACGCCGCAGGACCAGCUCAGCAAGUUCGUCGAGCAGCUCUAGUGGCGUCGCGGCUGUCCGGACGACGGCAGGUGAUUGGUGUCGGAGUGAGGGGCGUGUUUACGCGAGCGCAUCUGCGACGGGGCGUGACAGAAUCGCGUGCGAGGCGUGUCAGAUCGACAGAGGGGCGGGGCCGAUGGAUGGGUGGGGAGUUGAGGAUUUGGGGGCGUGGUCGUGGCGGUAGUAGAGCGCUGGGGGGUGUCGAGAGCGGGUUCUGAUUGAUUUUUUGUCUGAUGGAAGGUUGAAGUUCUCUAGACAUAGAUGAUCGGCAUCUAAGAAUAAAAAUAUUUUUGAUUUGAUGGAUCUCACGAGAUUCUAAUGGCGAGAAAGGAUAACAUUUUUAUAGUCUGCUCUCAGCAUGCAGGGUUUAAUUAACAUCAAGGCACCUUAGUUCUCACUAUUCACGAGUAUUACAGAACUCUGAAUCAUAAGAUUGCUAUUUUUAAGUGGUGUCAGAUAUAGUUUCUAAGCAGGGUGAUUUAUAAUAAUAUAAACACAGCAGUGGUAGAAUACUGACAUUGGCCAAAUAUGAUCUCAAUAUAAUGUUAGUUGAAAAAUCAUCUCCAUAAGCUUAUGGAGCGCCGUCUUGUGGUGUAAAAGGGGAUAUAUGACCGCAGCUUUUCCAUUAAUCUGGAAUUUCACAAUCAUUAACGAUUUCACUAAUAAGUUAAACGUUGGUAUUCCCGUGCCAUCAUUUAUGCACUCAAAUUAGUUAUUAUUUUAUUAACUAUUCACUAAAAGAUGACCAACUUUUAUCUCUUAAUGACUAAUACAAGUAAAAGUGUGACUUGGGCAGAUGCGAUUCUGUCAGAAGUCGGACAAUUUUUCCCACAACGUGGUUGAACAUUCUGAAAUUUCUAGUUGCUUGUCCAAAUUAGACUUUGGAAAACAAUUUGAAUGAAUGAUUCAUAUUGUAAUAAUGUGAGCAGUGGAGGUUACAACACAAAUACUGUCAUCGGGCUUAGUAUAGUGAUAUUCUUUCAUUCUGAACUAACUGACACAUUUCACUUGAACUGAACUGAAUCAGUUGACAUGCAUGGUACAUAAUGAACGUCAUUUGAAAGAACGAUCCAGUUCAGUUCUAGUGAAAUAUUUCAAUUAGUUCAGAUUGAAAGAAUAUUACUAUUGCUGCGAAAUAUGUUUUGAUCAUGAAAAAUAGUUUGAAGUUGAAAAAAGGUAGUGCAUUAAGGUAUCAAAAGUCCUUAAAUAAAAAUUGAAUUAAUGACAUCAAUAUCAUAACUAAUAUGUCAAAAUAAUUGCAAUUAUAUUCCAAUUUCAACAAUCACAUUCAACUAAAGUGAUAUUUGGUCAAUUAUAUGUUGAUGUCAGGAUUCCACCAUUGCUCUGUUUACAGAUCAUUAUGAUCACCCUAUACAAAACCUAAUAUUUCACGAAAUGUUCCUUGUUGAUGAUUCAUAAACAAGAUGUUCUCAUGUUGAAAAUAAUUGAGGAAGUAAAGUAAUUUCUUAUUAUCAAGUGAAAACUUUGAUACAAUAAUUGUCUUCAUUUUUAUAUUUGCAGUGAAUUGUUUUAAGUAAUUUGGUGGAAACGGUCAUACUUAUUUUAAUGCUGUUCAUUAUUAUUUUAUUUCUAUUGAGUGAGAUAUCAGACAAAUCACUAUGUUUUAAUUUUUCUCUUGAGUGGCAAUUAUUUUUUCUUGAUUUUCAUAUCCAUGAAUUAUUAUUAAUUAAUUGAGAGAUAUUUUUGAGUAAAAAUGAUUAUGUUAUGAUAUAAUUUGUAUUUCCAGGAAGCAAAAAAGAAUUAUAGAAUUGAAAUAUUCUGAACUAUAACAACCAUUCUCGCAUUUAUAUAGAGGGUUAAUUUUGGGUAACUUCAAAUUUCCUGGAGGUAACAUCACUGACAAUAACUUGACUGAAUCACUCUUGACAUCCCCCAAUGCUUUGAAGAGCUAAAGGAAAAGUUGAUACUCUGACCAACUUUCGGUUAAUUCUCAACACUCCACCGUCCUUGGAAUUCGUCAAUUCAAAAUCGUUAUUACCCUGUAUACAACAAAUUAUGUACAUACUUGUAGAAUACCCUGAAAAUACAUAUAAAUAAAUAAGAAGUUUAUAAUGUAUCAAUUAUACAAAGUUGUAAAUAUGUUACAUAGAGAUCUGUAUAUUAACUAUAUAUAUGUAUACAUAAUAUUAUAUGAUUUUUAGUGAAAAAAGAAAUCGAGGAUACCUUAAAAGUAUUUAUGGCUUUGCGAGGCUGUGUUUAACUUAACGGAUUGUUACCUAGUGGAUGGUAGACUAUGGCAUAGCUACGCACCUGUUGCUCUUUGUUUGAAUUUUUUUUACAUGUGACAUUUUACGAUAGUGAUGCAUUGUAUAAAAAUUAGUGAGAGGAAAUUUUUACCGAAGAAUUUUUAGUGGCGCGCUCGGUAGCUAUUGUGAUGGCGGCGACCUCGCGAAGAGGGGCCCCUGUUUGUUUUUAUAUAAUAUAUUUAUAAUUUAUAUACCUAUUGUCUUGUUUUCAUGUGUUUACAUUCCACGAAUCGUGUGGGGUGCCGUGCUGGCGGAUACAAAACAACCGACAAUCCCGACCCACGCCAGUGCAAUAACUUAUACAACACUCCCUCCUAAUUUAUUACUGAAACUGAACAUACAUCAAUUAGGUUACAUUAGUGUUAAGGAUUAUCAGAAAUAA